GGCGAUUCAGAUCCCGGCCUGCUCUCUUCCCCCGAUAUUCCCUCUGUUCCGAGCGAGUUCUGCUUUUUAGUCCAGUCCCGCUUUGGAGAAGUAUUGUAUUUUUAAUAGCUGUAGAUUUGUACAGCUAGCGAGCACUUACUUUUGUGUCUUGUGCGCAAAUUUGGCAGGGAAGAGGUAAUGGCAGAUCAGAUCAGCAAGGCUCAGGCCAACGGCGACGGCAGUAAGAGCGCUUCUAAGAAACCUCGCAACCUGGAUAGAUGUGCACCUCGUCGAAUCCACUUUGCUCCACUCAAUAUUCCUCUCGAGCAACGACUUCAGACACUGGCGGUUCUAUGUCACACUAUCGCCAUUCCAUUUUGUCUUGGCUUAUUUUUCCUAUGUGUCGCAUUCCCGCCUUUCUGGCCAUUCGUCAUCGCCUACGUGAUCUGGAUCUUCUGGUUCGACAAAUGUCCUGAGAACGGCGAGAUCCAGACUCGCCGCUCUCCGCUCGUUCGUCGGAUGCCACUUUUCAGACUAUACUGCAACUACUUCCCCAUCACCAUACACAGAGAGGUCGAGCUACAGCCGACCUUCCCGAGCCAGCUUCGCGAAUCAAGCAGUGCUCUCGAGCGGUGGAUAGCAAAGCUGCUGCGGAUAUCUGAUAAGGUUAUCGACGACCCGAGCGAAGGCGAGUCUGACGAGAGCAGUAGCUCGUCGCCGGCUAACGGGGACGGUAGCUCGAGCGCGAGCGAGUCUACAAGCAGUCUCGCGCCAGAAAUGGGGCCUCGAUACGUCUUUGGCUAUCAUCCGCACGGGAUCGUCAGUCUCGGAGCAUUCGGAGCUAUUGGUUCCGAGGGGGCUGGUUGGGAAAAACUGUUUCCUGGGAUUCCUGUGUCUCUGCUCACCCUUGAGACGAACUUCCGGCUACCUUUUUAUAGAGAUUACCUGCUAUCGCUAGGCAUUGCCUCGGUCUCGCGCCGCUCUUGCAGCAGUCUUUUGAAGCACAAUCAGUCGAUCUGUAUCGUCGUCGGCGGCGCCGGCGAGUCUUUGUACGCUGAACCCGGUCGUCUGGAUCUUGUGCUCCGGAAACGACGAGGGUUCGUACGGCUAGCUAUGCAAGACGUGCCGGCGGUCGACGCCCCGCCUACGUGCCUGGUCCCGAUUCUGAGCUUUGGCGAGAACGAUGUGUACGAGCAAGUUGUUGGAGAACAUUCGUCGCUGCUGUACAAGUGCCAGACGUUUGUGAAGAAGGUUGCCGGGUUUACGGUGCCGCUGCUGCACGGCCGGGGUGUGUUUAACUACGACUGGGGACUGAUGCCGUACCGGCGGCCGAUUACUCUUGUUGUGGGUAAGCCGAUACCUGUUCCGUACGUGGCGCAUCCGACGGAGGCCGAGAUCGCGGUCUACCACGAUUUAUACGAGCAGGAACUGCUUCGGCUGUGGAAGACUUACAAGUCAAAGUACCAAGUGGACUAUAAGGGGAAGGGUAUGGAGAACAUUGAGUUGAAGAUAGUUGAGUAAAAGCAGAGAUUGAUGGAGAUGAGACGAGAUGAGAUGAGACGAGAUGGGCGGGAAGGUGAGAAGGUUAACAUCAUUAACUUACAUUAUUACUGGUGAACGCUCGUAUCUGAUCGAAAUGGUCAGGUACGUUGAUCCUCAGUGCUCCGAUAUCUCGGUUUUAAGUACUCUAUCGUUGAAUGUUUUUGCCGGCUAAUUGAAUACCUUGCACGGGGUUUUGUAUUAUUCUCUUUUGAUUGUUAUAUUUCGCUGCAGUAAGUUCUGCAGAAACAAGCUGUGUGUUAU